CGCGGAUGCGGUUGUUCGGUGCGCCACACCAGUCACGCCUAAGUUCCAAAUUAGUAGUGUCCAUUGUCUGAUCUGGUCAGGUCGGCCCUCAACACGGGAGAGCGAAAUACGCAUAAGUAGCCCGGAAGUAGCGUAGAGAAACUUUGCCUCCUACAUCACCCGCCGCCCCUUCUUCUGCUAUUCUCCCUACGAACCCUGUUGCCACCUUAGCUGGAGCGGCGCCGCACGAGAUCGACUCUACUUCAAACACGGUCCCUUCGCGACUUCCGCGUCCCCACAACUUCCGCGCCUUGCGCCCAGCACCUGUCGAAUCAUCGUCUCGUCCUCAUACCCCCGAUCCCAAGGCCGCUGUCGCCGUCUCGGCUGCUGUUUCGGCGAAACAACAACAUUAGUUGACUCGCCAGAAGAUCACCCCUCCUCUUCGUCGAACGCACUUCCUCCCAGCACUUUCACAACACCACGUGUGCUAAAGGUUAGUGGCACACAUAACACGCCCAGGCGCAAGGGGUGGUGGACCGAAGAACUGGUCAUGGAGGCGGAUAAAGUGUUCGUGAUGCUCGAACACGGCCAGUGGUUUGAGGCCUGCCUUUCAGGCGAUGAUCUCUCCGCACAGCAGCUUGAGGAUGUGGGUAACUUCCAGGAUAUCCCCGUAACCGCAUCAAAGGAAUCCACGACGUACCCUGGUUAUUGUUCGACGUUCAACAAAGUAAAUCAAAUCGCGGGUGGUAAAUACUGCACCUACGCCACUGGCUUGCAUCCCGAGCUGAAGGAUGUGGAGACCGGGAUGAAAACUGACUUGUGCACGUAUGAAAUGGAAGGUCCAGGCAAGCAGGCAUUCGAACUCAGUGCUUCGACCCUCAGCAAGAGUACCGCGAAUAAGGAUCUGCACCUGAAUCUUGCACGCACAGCCUGGGCAUAUAUCGUCACGCCGUUCGAGAUCAAGACGUCCUUGGACUCCGCACCAUUCCGACUCGACGUGCAUCAUCUCGAGCCCUCACGGACACAAGAAGGGAGGAAGGCGCGGGCUCAGAUGACUAAGUACGCUGCUGAGAUACAGCUGCGUCAGCACCGCCAAUUCGUCUUCACGGUCUUCAUUUGCGAGCGCAUCGCCUGGUUGUUCCGCUGGGACCGCACCGGAGCAAUUGUUUCUCGGCCAUUUGACAUCUUCGAGAAACCAGAGCUCCUUCUCAACUUCGUCUAUCGCAUCGCGAGAGCGUCUCCCGCGGCAUUGGGAUACGACACUUCGGUUAGAAUUAUGAGGCCCGACGACCCACUGAUCGAUGCGUUUAAUGCCUACCGCGAGCGCCAAGCAAUCGACUCUUGGCUUCGCACCUUUGCAGACGACCUUUGGGUCAACAGGACGUUCUAUCCUCUCUGCAAAGUGAUUUGCGAUGACGUGGAUGGCUUGGAUGAAGGUAAGAAAGCGCAAGCUUCCCCUCGCACGUACACAUACAUCAUCGGUCGGCACCGUUCGGGCUCACGGUCUCCGACUGGUCGCGGCGGCAAGGGCUUCAUAGCUUACGACGUAGACCGCGCCCGGCUGGUCUUCAUCAAGGACUAUUGGUGCGCUGACCACCCCGAGGUUCACCCUGAACUUGAAGUGUACAGAAAGCUCAACACUGCCCGACUUGCCAACGGCUCGCCGAUCUCGCACAUUGCGACUGCGAUCGCAGGAGGGGACGUCGAUGGACCGAAGGGCCAAGUCACUUUGACGCAGGAGUACCUCCCCGUCACCGAACGAACGAAGGGAAAACCUGCAAGACGUUUUCACCACCGCUUUGUUGUCUGGCAGGUCGGACGUCCAUUAGAGACUUACGCCAAUAGCUUAGAGCUUGUGGGUUAUGUGUACCAGGCAUUGCUAGCUCACCGUGAUGUGUAUGAAGUAGCAGGCAUACUACACAGAGACGUCAGCAUAGGAAAUAUCCUCAUCGAUAUCGAAACGUCUCGCGCCAUUCUCAACGACUGGGAUCUCUGCAAGUAUCGAAAUGAAAUGAAUCGAGCGGCAACUCAACAUGCCCGUUCCGGAACGUGGGCAUUCAUGUCGGGUCCACUUCUAGAGUAUCCUCUCAAGCCGAACGAACUUCCGGACGAUCUAGAGUCUUUCAUCUAUGUAUUAGAGCUCAGCGUCCUGCGGUUUCACGACCACUCCUUGACAACAAACCCGUUUCCCUCCGACACGCCGCACGAGGUUAUCGGCGCACCGCUCCGAAAUUCGGCACUGGCCAGGUUCGUGGGAGUGAAGUUCGAUGCCGCAGACGAAACGGAUGAAGGCUAUGUUGUCGGCGGAGCCCAGAAGAUCCGAGAUAUGCAGAGCGGUAAACCGGGUUUUACUAUGAUGGAGGAGUCUUCUCCGCUGUGGCUGUUGCUACGGGGCUUGUACAGGCUUGGUCGCAAGCACUAUGCCACCAUGGACCUGGACGACUGGCGGAAGAAAUGGGGCGCCACUCGACGACGGCACAUCAUAGACAAGGAGAAGUACAAACCGAAAGUGGACGAGAACGCUUGGUUGUUGCAAGAUAUGGACGGUUUUGUCAACGGCCGUCCGCCCAUACCAGUAUCGCUUCCCAUCAACGCGUCCAGUCGGGCUAGAGCUGACACCCGGGAUUCUGCUGAGGAUGGUAACGAAGACGAUAAUAAUCACAACGAGAACAACGAGGAUGCGACGUCUGGCGAGGGCGAAUCCGAUCCCGAGAACGAACCUUCCGAUCGUGCAGGUCAUACCCGCAGCCUUUACACGCACGCGGAUAUAAUUGACGCCUUCAAGACGUUGGCCCAGGGACCGUGGCCGCGAGGGGACAAGAUUGCGGAUCAGUUUUCGGACCUACCCAUAUUUGGGUUGAUUAAAUCCCAUAGCCAGGUGACGACUGGCAAACGUCGUUCGGCGAAGGAAUCAGGGAAGCCGGCGAAGCGGUCGAAAAACAAUCCGGAGAGCAGCAGUCAUUCAACUAGCGUUGCGUAAUUUUUACACCUCUCGACUCUGUGCGUUAUAUUACAUUAGUAAACAUGACAAAAUU